AGUGGUGCAGUGUCGCCGUGCAGGAAGUCAAUUCGAGUUAGCCGUGCGGUGAAGCAACACAUCUCAAGUUUUACGUGACGCCCGCCGUCGCGGGUCGGAUUCAGUCGGAUGCAAUAAAUUGCAGCGUGUGGAAAGGAGCGCUUCGAGUGCGUGUGUGCGGAAACAAGAGAAAUGGCCGAAGGUAAUGGUGAGGUUGUAGAAGAGAUGGCAAAUCAGAAGUCCGGCGAAGGUGGAGACGGCGAACGAACGCAGGACUACUCGAAGCUGCUGGAGUAUGGAUUACACAAAAUGGUUGCCGGUCGGUUGGAUGACAUCUACAAAACCGGCAAACUCGCCCACUCAGAGCUCGACGAGAGGGCGCUGGAUGCGCUGAAGGAAUUCCACGUAGAAGGUGCCUUGGACGUACUGGACCAGUUCCUAGAGUCGAACCUCGAACAUGUGUCGAACAAAUCGGCCUUCCUUUGCGGUGUCAUGAAGACGUACAGACAAAAAGUUCGAGCCACACAGCAAGGACAACCGGCACCCGCAGUCACAGUGCAAGCGAAAGGACCCGACGAGGAAAAGAUCAAAGCCAUUCUAGAGCGUACGGGAUACACACUGGACGUAACAACAGGACAACGCAAGUACGGUGGGCCACCGCCGAACUGGACAGGGAACACGCCCGGGAACGGCUGCGAAGUGUUCUGCGGCAAAAUACCAAAAGAUAUGUACGAGGACGAGCUGAUCCCGCUGUUCGAGAAGUGCGGCAAAAUUUGGGACCUUCGGCUGAUGAUGGACCCAAUGACCGGCACCAAUCGGGGCUACGCCUUCGUUACCUUCACGUCCCGGGAUUCAGCCUCGAACGCCGUGCGGGAGCUGAAUGAUUAUGAUAUUCGGAAUGGCAAAAAGAUUGGUGUUACGAUAUCGUUUAACAAUCACCGACUUUUUGUCGGCAAUAUUCCUAAGAAUAGAGAUCGCGAUGAGUUGUUAGAGGAGUUUGCAAAACAUGCACCGGGACUUGUGGAGGUAAUUAUUUAUAGCUCACCAGACGACAAGAAAAAGAAUCGAGGCUUCUGCUUCCUCGAGUACGAAUCACACAAGGCGGCAUCCUUGGCCAAGCGGCGACUAGGCACCGGACGGAUAAAGGUAUGGAAUUGUGAUAUAAUAGUAGACUGGGCGGAUCCACAGGAAGAACCAGACGAGCAAACGAUGAGCAAGGUCAAAGUAUUAUACGUACGGAACCUAACACAAGACAUUAGCGAAGAAAAGCUGAAGGAGAAUUUCGAGCAAUACGGCCGCGUUGAGCGAGUGAAGAAAAUCAAAGACUACGCGUUUGUCCACUUCGAGGACCGCGACAACGCCGUAAAAGCAAUGAAGGAUCUGGAUGGCAAGGACAUUGGUGGAUCUAACAUAGAAGUAUCACUAGCUAAACCCCCGUCCGAUAAAAAGAAAAAAGAGGAAAUCCUACGCGCCCGUGAAAGGCGCAUGACCCAGUUUCUGCAAACCAGAAUAGGCUUGGGAAACACGGUUCCAUCGUUUCCCAGUAUGUCACCGCAGCAUGCUGGCAUGAUGCCCGGUGUGAUGCCUCCGAUGCGAGUUCCUAGCGGACCGGGCGGACCGAGGGCUCCAAUGCGAGGUGGCCCAAUGGGCGGUCGGGGCGAAUACGAGCCCGAGUACGAUUCGUUCGGCUACGCAGACUACGCCCACCGUGGCCUCGGGGCGGCCGGGCUGUAUGAGGCUUCGUCCUACUACGACGACUACUACCGAGCAGGCGGUUGCUACGGCGAUGGCGGCGAAUACUACCUUGAGUAUGCGUCAAGCGCAACGGCGGCGGCUGCAGCCGCAGCUGCCGCCGCCGCCGCUGCAGCCGCCUUCUCGUCCGGGUCCGGGCACCACCACCACCAUCAUCACCACGCGCCGCCACACCACCAUCACCACGGUCACGGGUAUCACCAUCAUCACCACAGUGCCGCUGCCGCUGCAGCCGUUGCCGCCGCGGGAGCUCGCAGCAGCAGUUCGGCGGGAGCACUCGGGCGCCGGUUGAAGCUGUUCUAG